AUGACGAAAGACACCGGCGUGGUUUACCCGCGCAUGAACAAAAAGGGUCCCUUCACCGUGGAGGUCCCUGGCGCUGAGCCCGUCCCCGGAGAGACCAUCCCUCGCCGUCUGCCCAAGGCCAAGGAUGGCCUCAUCAUGCGACCCGCCGAAGACCUGACAACCACCUACGACGCCUUCCGCCGGUCCGCGCGCAUCUUCGGCAAUGCCAAAGCUGUUGCUAGCCGCAGCCUCAUUAAGACUCACGUGGAGACCAAGAAGGUCAAGAAGAUCGUUGAUGGUGUUGAGCAGGAGGUCGACAAGCAGUGGACGUACUUUGAGAAAAGCGCCUACUCUUACAAGAGCUUUAUUGAGUAUGAGAAACAGGCGCUGGAGCUUGGUAACGGCCUGCGGAAGAUCGGCCUGAACAAGGGCGACAAGGUUCACCUCUAUGGUGCGACGAGCGCAAACUGGUUGGCGAUGUCUCACGGUUCCGCGUCCCAGUCGCUGACUAUUGUUACUGCGUAUGAUACCUUGGGCGAGGAUGGACUGGCGCACUCCAUUGUGCAGACCGAGAGUGACGCUAUUUUCCUGGACCCUGUCCUCAUCAAACCUCUUACGAACGUUUUGGACAAAGCGACAUCCAUCAAACAUGUUAUUUGGAACUCCGAUGAAGAGCUCAAGCAGGAGGACUUGGAUAACUUGAAGACCAAGUUCAGCCACCUUAACGUUUUGAGCUUUGAAGACCUGCGGAAACUGGGCGAGGAGAACCCUUACGACCCCGUGCCCCCGGCUCCGGAGGACCUGUGCUGCAUCAUGUACACAUCUGGCUCUACCGGCCCGCCAAAGGGCGUUCCCCUUACCCACGCGAAUGUCGUUGCUGCGAUGGCUGGUAUCAACGAGAUUAUUGGACCAUACAUCACUCCUUCAGACGCCUUGCUCACGUACCUCCCACAGUCGCAUAUCCUCGAGUUCAUGUUUGAGAACCUGUGUCUCUUCUGGGGCGGUACAAUGGGCUACGGAAACCCCCGUACACUAUCCGAUGCUUCCAUGCGCAACUGCAAGGGUGAUAUCCGCGAGUUCCAACCUACCAUUCUUGUCGGUGUCCCUGCCGUCUGGGAAUCUGUAAAGAAGGGUGUUCUCAACAACCUGAACAAGAACAGUGCUCUUGUGAAGAGCCUCUUCUGGGGCGCCAUGUCUGCCAAGAACUUCCUGAUGACCACCGGUUUUCCCGGCUCAACAUUGGGUGCUUGGUUCCUCGACAAUGUGAUCUUCCGCAAGCUGAAGGAUGCAACUGGUGGCCGUCUGCGCAUUAUCAUGAACGGUGGUGGACCUGUCUCCAAGGAGACCCAGAAAUUCCUCUCCUUGGCCAUCGCUCCUAUGAUUAGCGGCUAUGGAUUGACCGAGACUUCGGCUAUGGGUGCUCUGAACGACCCUGGAGCAUGGAACCCCAAUGUUCUCGGUGAGCUUCCAGCUUGCAUUGAAGUCAAACUUGUCGAUUUCCCGGAUGCUGGCUAUUUUACGAAGAACACCCCGCCUCAGGGAGAAAUUUGGAUCCGCGGAGGUAGCGUGUCAACGCACUACUUCAAGAACGAAGAGGAGACCAAGCAAGCGUAUGCCGAGGGCGGAUGGUUCAUGACCGGCGACAUUGGCGAGUUCGACAAGAACGGCCACCUCAAGAUCAUCGACCGCAAGAAGAACCUCGUCAAGACGCAAAAUGGCGAGUACAUUGCUCUCGAAAAGCUCGAGUCUGUUUACCGGUCUUCCCCUAUUGUUGGCAACAUUUGCGUCUACGCAGCCGAAGACCAGGAUAAGCCAAUUGCCAUCAUUGUUCCCGUUGAACUUGCUCUGAAGAAGCUUGCCAGCGAAAACGGUAUUGAGGGUGACUCUGUCGAGACUCUUGUGCACAACGAGAAGCUUAACGCUAUUGUCCUCAAGCAGCUCCAGACUGCCGGUCGAGCCAGCGGUCUCAAGGGCAUUGAGAUCAUUAAUGGGGUUGUCCUUUCUGACGAGGAGUGGACUCCUCAGAACGGCUACAUGACCGCCGCUCAAAAGCUGCAGCGCAAGAAGAUCGUUAGCAGGUACCAGCAGGACAUCGACAAAGCCUACGGGAAGAAAUGA